AUGUCGGCAAUCAUUGAUGAUGACAAUGAGCAUCAUCCCUCCAACCAACCUGUCCACCACCGGAUACGGGCCAAUUCCACCAUCAUGGAUCUGAAGAAGAUCUUAGUCGCUAACCGCGGUGAAAUCCCGAUCCGUAUCUUCCGAACGGCCCACGAGCUGUCCCUCCACACCGUCGCCGUCUUCUCCUAUGAGGACCGCAUGGGCAUGCAUCGCCAGAAGGCGGACGAGGCAUACAUGAUCGGGAAGCGCGGCCAGUUUACUGCGAUCGGCGCAUAUCUUGCUGGAGACGAGAUCAUCAAGAUCGCGAAGGAGCAUGGCGUCGAUCUUAUCCAUCCAGGCUAUGGCUUCUUGUCUGAGAAUGCCGAGUUUGCGAAGAAUGUGGAGAAGGCGGGCUUGAUUUUCGUCGGACCCACGCCUGAGGUCAUCGAAGGUCUCGGUGACAAGGUUUCCGCUCGAACGGCCGCCCUCAAGUGUGACGUCCCGGUCGUUCCCGGUACCGAUGGUCCGGUCGAACGGUUCGAAGACGUCAAGGAAUUCACCGACAAGUUCGGCUUCCCCAUCAUCAUCAAAGCGGCUUUCGGCGGUGGUGGCCGUGGCAUGCGUGUCGUCCGUGAACAGGAAAGCCUGAAGGAUUCCUUUGAGCGAGCCACAUCAGAAGCCAAGGCCUCUUUCGGCAACGGAACAGUAUUCGUGGAGCGUUUCCUUGACAAGCCCAAGCACAUCGAGGUGCAAUUGCUCGGAGACAACUAUGGCAACGUGGUCCAUCUGUACGAGCGUGACUGCAGUGUCCAGCGACGUCACCAAAAAGUCGUCGAAAUCGCCCCGGCGAAGGACUUGCCACAAGAGACUCGUGACGGAAUUUUGGAGAGCGCCGUGAGGCUCGCCAAAUCCGUCAACUACCGUAACGCCGGUACCGCGGAGUUCUUGGUCGACCAGCAAAACCGCUACUACUUCAUCGAAAUCAACCCACGUAUCCAGGUCGAGCACACCAUCACGGAAGAAAUCACCGGUAUCGACAUCGUCGCCGCUCAGAUCCAAAUCGCUGCCGGUGCCUCGCUGCAACAGCUCGGCCUCACCCAAGACCGCAUCUCCACCCGGGGCUUCGCCAUCCAGUGUCGUAUCACCACCGAAGAUCCCACCAAGAACUUCGCCCCCGACACCGGUAAGAUUGAGGUGUACCGCUCCGCCGGUGGUAACGGCGUCCGUCUGGAUGGUGGCAAUGGCUACGCCGGCUCGAUCAUUACACCGCAUUACGACUCCAUGUUAGUCAAGUGCACCUGCCAUGGCUCCACCUACGAGAUCGCCCGACGCAAGGUGCUUCGUGCGCUCGUCGAGUUCCGCAUCCGCGGCGUCAAGACCAACAUCCCCUUCCUCGUCUCACUGCUGACCCACCCGACCUUCAUCGAGGGUACCUGCUGGACGACGUUCAUCGACGACACCCCCGCCCUGUUCAGCCUCAUCAGCUCGCAGAACCGCGCGCAGAAACUGCUAUCCUACCUCGGCGACCUCGCCGUCAACGGCUCCUCCAUCAAGGGCCAGAUCGGCGAGCCCAAGUUGAAGGAUUUGAUCAACAUCCCGACCCUCACGACACGCGACGGCCAGAAGAUCGACGUGUCGGAGCCGUGCAAGACGGGGUGGCGGAACAUCAUCGUGGAGGAGGGCCCGGAAGCGUUCGCCAAGGCGGUCCGCGCGAACAAGGGCUGUUUGAUCAUGGAUACCACGUGGCGAGACGCACAUCAGAGCUUGUUGGCGACGAGGGUCCGAACGGUAGAUCUGCUGAACAUCGCCACGGAGACGAGCCACGUGUUCAGCAACGCGUGGGCGCUCGAGUGCUGGGGUGGCGCGACGUUCGAUGUGGCCAUGCGGUUCUUGUAUGAGGAUCCGUGGGACCGGCUGAGGAAGAUGAGAAAGGCGGUGCCGAAUAUUCCGUUCCAGAUGCUGUUGCGUGGUGCGAACGGUGUGGCGUACUCUUCCCUCCCGGACAAUGCCAUCGAGCACUUCUGCGAGCAGGCUAAGAAGAACGGCGUCGACAUCUUCCGUGUCUUCGACGCACUCAACGACGUCGAGCAGCUCGAAGUCGGCGUGAAGGCUGUCCUCAAGGCCGGCGGUGUCGCCGAAGGCACCAUGUGCUACUCCGGCGACAUGCUGAACCCCAAGAAGAAGUACAACUUCGAAUACUACAUGGAGCUUGCCGAGAAGAUCGUCAAGAUGGGCGCCCACGUCCUCGGAAUCAAGGACAUGGCUGGAGUCUUGAAGCCCCGUGCCGCUACCAAGCUCAUCGGUGCACUCCGCGCGAAAUACCCCGAUCUCCCGAUCCACGUCCACACUCACGACAGUGCCGGGACGGGUGUCGCCUCAAUGGUCGCCUGCGCGGAAGCCGGUGCCGACGCCGUCGAUGCUGCCAUCGAUAGCAUGAGCGGGAUGACCUCACAACCCAGCGUUGGCGCCAUCCUCGCGUCUCUCGAAGGCGGUCCCUGCGACCCAGGUCUUGACCAUCACACGAUUGUGCAGCUGGACAACUACUGGGCGCAGCUGCGACUGUUGUACUCACCCUUCGAAGCCGGUCUGACCGGUCCCGACCCGGAGGUCUACGAGCACGAAAUCCCCGGGGGGCAGCUCACGAACCUGAUCUUCCAAGCCUCGCAGCAAGGACUCGGCGAGAAAUGGGCGCUGACCAAGAAGGCGUACGAGCAGGCGAACGACCUCCUCGGCGACAUCGUCAAGGUCACGCCCACCUCCAAGGUCGUCGGCGACCUCGCCCAGUUCAUGGUCUCCAACAACCUCUCGUACGACGACGUGCUCACCAAGGCCGAGCAACUCGACUUCCCGUCCUCCGUCCUGGAGUUCUUCGAGGGUCUCAUGGGUCAGCCCUACGGCGGGUUCCCGGAGCCGCUCCGCACGCAAGCGCUGCGCGAACGUCGCAAGAUGGACAAGCGACCCGGGCUGUACCUCGAGCCGAUCGAUUUUGCGGCGACGAAGCAGACGCUCACGGAGAAAUAUGGCAAGGUCAGCGAGACGGACCUCGCGUCGUACAUCAUGUACCCGAAGGUGUUCGAGGACUACAAGAAGUUCACGGAGAAAUACGGCGAUAUGAGCGUCCUCGCGACGCGCUACUUCCUCUCCCGCCCGGAGAUCGGCGAGGAGUUCCACGUCGAGCUCGAGAAGGGCAAGGUGCUCAUCCUCAAGCUGCUGGCCGUCGGCCCCCUGUCCGAGCAGACCGGCCAGCGCGAGGUAUUCUACGAGAUCAACGGCGAGGUGCGCGUCGUCACUAUCGACGAUCAGCACGCCGCAGUGGAGAAUGUGCGCCGCCAGAAGGCCGAUCCCACCGAUGGGAGCCAGGUGGGCGCGCCGAUGAGCGGCGUAGUGGUGGAGAUUCGGGUGAACGAUGGCGCGGAGGUUAAGAAGGGAGAUCCGAUCGCGGUGCUGAGCGCGAUGAAGAUGGAAAUGGUCAUCAGCGCACCCCAUUCCGGGAAGGUCGCGUCCCUCGGCGUGAAGGAGGGCGACUCAGUCGACGGGCAGGAUCUCAUCUGCAAGAUCACGAAAUAA